AUGGCGGAGAAGAAGUCGGGCCCCACGGUUCUUAUUGUUGGUGCUGGCACGGGCGGUCUCAUGCUCGGCUUGCUGUGCGAGAAGGGCAACAUCCCUUACCAGAUAUUCGAAAAAUCAAAGGCACUGCGCCCACUCGGGUCUGCGAUUGCAUUGAACAAGAUCAACUAUCUGUUCGAGCAAGUAGGGAUCAUGGAAGAAGUUGAGGCCUACAGCAAGUCCUUUGGAGGACUACAUAUGUUGGACCAGGAUCUGAAUUGCCAAGGAUCGUUUUAUGCUCGUGCCCCUGGGGUCUCGCAAAAGGAAGCGUACGGAUUCGCAUCGCCAGUCAUGGCAAGACCCGAUCUGAUCAGGAUCCUCGCCUCAAGGAUCCCAAAAGAAAAGCUCCAUUACAACAAAAGAGUCAUCGCCUCCCACCAGGACGACAACCAGGUCACAAUCACCUGUGCAGACGACACCACUUACUCGGGAACCAUCUUGGUCGGAACCGACGGAGCUUACAGCUCAAUCCGUCAACACAUGUUCAAGGAACUCGAAGCAGUAGGGUUAAUGCACACUAGUGACGCCGAACCCAUGCAGAGUGACUAUGACUGUGUCGUCGGAGUGACUGGGCCCAUGGACACAGAAAAAUAUCCAGUCUUGAAAGAGGAACACUGUGAAUUUAAAAUUGUUAUGGGAACGACUCUUCCAAUGACUUGGUGGUUCAUGCCAGUGAUAGAUCCUGAACUGGGCCCUAGAGUUGGAUGGAUGAUCACUAAGGACAACAAUGCGUGGAACAAAAUGAAUAAAGGAAACAGCAGCAGCAACGACGAAAACAAGACCCAGGGACCUUCUUCGGACUGGAGCGCCAAUGCUGCCAAGGAGAUGUGCGAUUUGGUCAAGGAUAUGCCCUGUCCGCUGGGAGGUGUUGUUGGAGACAUUUUCGACAAGACGCCCAAGGAGCAGAUUACCAAAGUCGUUCUCGAGGACAAGGUAUAA